CGUCUUCUGAGUAGAAUAGAACAGAAGCGAUUUGGCAAAAAAAACAUGUGUAUAGCGGUGUUCAUAUGGAAAGCGCAUCCGCUGUAUCCCUUCCUCCUAUUCCUCAACAGAGAUGAAUACCACAAUCGUCCAACGAAACCUUUGUCAUGGUGGGAAGAUAGUGAUAUACUUGGUGGAAGGGAUGAAGUUGCUGGUGGGACUUGGUUGGCUUGUACUCGCACUGGAAGACUUGCUUUCCUUACUAAUGUUCGAGAAAUCAAUUCAAAUUCACAUACCAAAAGUAGGGGAGACCUUCCUCUUCGAUUCUUGAAGAGUGUAAAGAGCCCUCAUGAUUUUUCAGAGCAACUUUUGAAAGAAGCAGGUGAAUAUAAUGGGUUUAACUUGAUAGUAGCUGAUCUUUGUUCAAUGACUAUGCUUUAUAUAACCAACCGACCAAAACACACCGGUAUGUCCGUCACUGAGGUUUCACCCGGUAUUCAUGUUUUAUCAAAUGCAACACUAGACUCUCCGUGGCCUAAGUCUCAACGGCUGGAGUACAGUUUCAAGCAAUUAUUGGAUGAAUAUGGCGAAUCUGAAAUUCCAAUAGGGCACGCAGCUGAAAGAAUAAUGAGAGACUUGGCUAAAGAAGAUAGCAACCUGCCAGGCAUCUAUUCCCCCGAGUGUGAGUACCAGUUGAGCUCCAUAUUCGUUGACACUGAAAUGUCCAUGGGGCGUUUUGGCACAAGAAGCACUUCUUCACUGGCAGUGAGAAGUUCUGGUGACGCAACCUUUUAUGAAGUGUAUCUUGAGAAGGAUGUAUGGAAGGAGCAGCAGAUGACCUUUGUAAUUGAGAAAAUGAUAGAUGGUGUUGUUUCUACAUCCUAAGGCACUCUUCGAACAUGAACUACCAAGAUGCAGACA